AUGGAUGGACAUCUGGUUAUGUUAAACAACUCUCGUUCUGUUGACGGUGGAGAGCCAACAGAUGAAUUUGGUAACGAUGUAGAUCCAGGUGCCGAAGAGUGUGCAGAUGAAUGUGCAGAAGAAUGUCAUGAAACUGAUCAUACAGAUGAGAAGCCAAAAGAUGUUGAUGAUAUGGAUUUCGAUUACAGGAAACCGUUUUUUGGUGGUAUUCAUGGACAGUUAAAUAAUCCUUGGAUAGACCAAGUAGGUCAAUGCUUUGCAUGCAAAGAUGACGUCAUAACUGAGGUGCGUUUGACCGCUGUUAUGUUAAAGUUCUCUUUCAAAAUUAAGAAGUUCACAAAGUCUCGGUUGGUGGCAAUAUGCUCUGUGCCAGGAUGCACAUGGAGGGUCGUAGCCGCUGUGAAGAAUGAUCCAAACACUUUUUGGGUCACCAAAUAUCUGAACGUGCAUACAUGUUAUAUUGUGGACCGCAUAGCUAACCGUAAGCGUUGCACCUCAAAAUAUAUUGGGAGGCUUUUCAUCGACCGGAUAGGAAUAGUACAUGGUGUUGUCCCACAACAUAUCGAAGAUUCAAUGAGGACAAUGUUUGGCAUGACUUUGGAUUACACCACUUCGUACAGGGCUUUACAAUAUGCGCAAGAAUAUGUGAGAGGAAGCGCUGAAUCCGGAUAUGAAAAGUUGCCUUAUUGUCUUUGGAAAAUAGAGCAGUCAAAACCGGGAAGUGUCAUUGACCUUGUUGUUGAUGACGAGCAUAGGUUUAAGUACCUCUUCAUAUCUUUCGAUGCUUCAAUCCGUUGUUUCAAUUACGUGAGGCGAGUUAUCGUGGUUGAUGGGACCCAUCUCACUGGCAAGUAUGAAGGUGUACUGUUAGUCGCUUGCGCACAGGAUGGCAAUUUUCAGAUAUUUCCGUUGGCUUUUGGAAUUGUCAACUCGGAGUGUGAUGCUUCAUAG